AAACAGCUCUCAAGUCGGUGCUUAAAGGCAGUGAGGAACAUGUUGACAAAGCCGCCGAAGAAAUUUUGAGGAAGAGGAUGGAACCUAGCGGAGGAUUCAUCGACUACAAGGCAAUGCGUUCACAUUUCAAAGUCAUGAAGCUGGAUGUUGAGGUUGAUACCGAGUACGCGGUUUGCACAGGUUAAUAGGCUCAAUAAGUAAGUUUGUCGGCACAGUUGUUGGCAAUUAACAAAAGCAUGCAAACUGAAGUUUUGCGAGCUGGAGUAAAACCUGCAUCUUGAAGAACCGUGUCAGGAGAUAAGCAAAAGCCCUGUAAGACUACCGGCAACUACUUACGUAAAAGCCUAAACCAGAACCCGGAACAACCAGAACGCGCUGCUGCGUCGUGCCGAGCAGCAGACUCAAGAGAAGCAGGCACAACUGGAUGAAGCCAAUGCUCGAGUGAAGGCGCUGGAGGAUGAACUGGCACUGCUCUCGCUCACAAGCGGUUCGAAUGACUUUGCCUUGCGGGUCAAGGGGCUUCAGCAGGAGGUUUUCGCCAAGUCUGAGCAGCUCGUCCAGCAAGGCGAGAAACAUCUCCGCGUCGCCGAACUGCUUGACUAGACGAAGAGCGAGCUGGCUCAGCUUAGAGAGGAGGUGGGAGGAGUGCGUAGCACGCUGCUUCGCGGGAUUGGCUUGGAUCCGGCGAUCGCCACCGGUAGUCACGACUCGAGCGUCGAUGACAUGCUGUACCAGCACGUGAAGCUCGAGGAGCUGGUGCGUCUGCGACUGAAGGCGUUGGAGCAUGAGCGGCAGCUCGCUGGAGGUCCAAUGGCGUCUUCUUCGUCGUCUCUUGACCCCGCGACAGACGAAGGCGAGGCAUCGUCGUGCCAUUUACCCAAUGUCGACAACUUCUCAGCCCUGGACGCUCUCGGCCUUGGUGGCGCUGGACGGUUGGAGCGUGAGAUGCGAGUGCUACGAAGCCGCAACAAGCGGCUGAUCGAACGCAUUGAACGACUCGAAAGCGAGCUCGACACGGCUCAAGCUGGCCUGCGAGACCUGCAAAGCAUGCGAGAAAAAGUCGUGGAGAUGGUCGGUCGUGAGCGAGUCGAGAAGGAGCUGCGUGCCAAGAGCGAGCUGGCCAACAAGGAGCUGGGCGAGAAGGUCGCCGCUCUCUCGGAGCACGUGGAGAAGCUCAUGGUGCAUCUGAAGCACGAAGCGGCGGCCAAAACACGCGCAGUGGAAGCUCAACGUCGUGUGGACAAGGAGUUACUCGACGCAAAGGACAAGUUAGCCACUGCAACUCGCAAACAUGUCGCUCAGGACGCAAAGGUGGCGGAGCUGGAGCAGGGCGCGCGAAUCCUGGAGGACCAGCUCCGUCUAAUGGACGAGAAGUUCAUCGACGUGCGCAACAAACUGGACUGGACGCGAUCAAACGCACGCAAAGAGAACAAACAGCUCUCGGCGGAGCUGUGCUCGCUGCGUAUGAAGUGGCAGAUGGCGAGCGACUCGGGCGUCCUCGCUGGGCUUCCCGACUGGGUCUCUGCUACAUCCGUGGCGAAGUUCUCCAAAAAGCCGCCGCUAGGAACCAGCAGCUCCGACUCGCGACUGCUAACGCCUAAAACCUCCAACAACGGUCUUUCGCAGCGGUGGUGCAGGACGCCUUAGCCAUUGGCAACGGCGCGCGUGUCAAGUUUGAGAUCCCGAAGUUGCCUCAGCCGGAGGCUGACGCGGGCACACCGUGGUCUGACGCCAAGUUGUCCGUACUUCAACGUCAAUUCCAAGACAAACGCCGAGGUUUGAGAAUCUGCGGCCUUGAGGAACGAUGGGGAAGAUAAUACUCACUAGCGCGAUUGUUGGUGUGGGCAGCACGUUCGGCGUGGAAGUCGACGAUGGCGAGAAGGUGGGUGGGCGAGUUGAAGGAACCGAUCAAGCAGGAAAACUCGAUGGCUUGACCCAGAAGGGAAAAAUCAUAUCCGCCAGUUCAACAUGGAGACCACUUCAAUAUCGCCUGGGGGGGGGGGGGGGGGCUCAGCUGAGUCGUCAACAAUCAAUUUGACAACGAGUUUUAUUGGCCGAUAAUACAUUCCGGAAGGGCAGAUCCCGUUUAGGUACGAUGGCGAGUUCUCUUCCCUUUCUUCAUCCCAGAACUUGCCGCCUCGAGGGAAGAUGAAGCUCUUCUGCGCGAUCGAUGGUGGGGCAGGCCCCGCGUUCCCUGUGGACAUCGACGGGGGCCAGUCGGUUGGAGACUUGAAGAAGGCGAUCAAGGCGAAGAAGCCAAACAAGUUGAAGGACAUCGAUGCAGGUGACCUGCAGCUCUUCUUGGCGAAGAGGGAGCGCGAGUGGCUGACUGAGGCAGACGUGGAGAACAGGGUGGGUACGGCUGGAUUGACGCUUCUAAAAGCUGCGGGGGCACCGCUCAAGUUGUUUGGAUUGACGGAGACGAGCGUGCUGGUCGAAAUCACGAUAGACAUGGUCGAGUCUAACCGAACCCCGCUUCACGUGCUGGUGGUGCUUCCGAAGGGGGGAGAUGUCGAGCACGACAGGGUGGAUGUACCGAAGGGACGUGCUGUGGAUACGACUUCGUGUGGUGAUCUCCUCGCGUUCCUGGAAAGUGAAAUGGCCAACAAGGAAGAAAUUGUGGUAAACCGUAACAUUUUAGGUGCCGAAAGUUUACAGUUUCGAUUGGUUGGAAGAGAAGAGGCAAUUAAGACCGCAGCGGAUUGCUUCAACCGAAUCAUCGAGGCUAGUCGUGGUACAGGCUCAGACCGCACACACCGUCCUAUACCUGUUUGCUCUGGAAUUUCGGGUUUGGGGAAAACGCGUAUGCUGGAGGAAAGUGGCACGAUUCUUGAAGAGAUGAAAUUGGACCCAAGUACGUUGUUCGCCUGAUUGUUCCGUACUACAAUGGAUAUAAGGCAAUACCAGUCGAGCGAUCGAUGCCGAUUGAGGCGUCUUUCUCGUGGCGGCUUUUGUAUCGUUUUUUUCUGGACAAUAACUGCGCGUUUGAUUUCGUCACGUGGUUCGAGUCUCGGCUACCUUGUAAUGGAAGUCAGCUGACUUUUCGUAACUGCAUUAAAAUUAUCGAGCGCAAGUUGCGUCAGAGCGUGCAAGGACAAAGGAUGCAGUGCAUCUUUGUUGGCAUCGAUGACUACCAAAAGAUUGAAAAACUAAGGACCUCUGGAGCAAAUGCCGGCACGUCAAUCCUGCGCGAACUCGUGGAAACCAUAGCACAUUUCCUGUGUACGAAGAUGUCAAGUCUGGUUGUGUUGCCAAUGUUUGCAGGGACGGAUUUGGGCGUCAUUGCACCGGAUUCAAUCGCCAAUUCCUCGUAUUAUGUGACCAAGCGGCUUCCCAUGACCCUCUUGACCCUGGGGCAAGUGCUCACCUCUGUGGAGAGCAAUGCAAAUUUUGCUGGGUUCUUGCGACAUACUCAGGUCUAUCGCCAUUUGUUCGCUCUUGGAGGUGUUCCACGGUGGGUUGUCGAUUACCUAUUGGGACUGAAGAGGUGCUCGGAACCAGAUACAAUUACAUUGAAGAGCAUCAAAACGUGCUUCGAGGGCGUCUGGACAACCUACGUCGAUGCUUACACGGGGUUAAUAUCAACCCAUCAGCUCGUCCGUUUGGCAGCCUAUGCCGUGUCGGGUCGACAGGUUCGACACCAAGACGCGUUCGAUAAACAGUUCAAGUGGUCCAAACUUCGAGAUUCCUCGAUAUGCGUGCUCAACCCAUCAUCAUCCACACCUAGAGUUUGCGAUGUACGGGUUCCCUACGCGCUGUUGCAGAGUAUCGCGUCGAGUGAUGAUAUGACGAGCAAAGCAGAAAUUUUUUUUUGUAGCAGCUUUAAGUGACAUUGAAGAACUGGUGGAUUCGAAACUGUUCGUCCGUGAGCCGUGGCAGUCGUGGGAGAUGUUCGGUGCUUGUUUCUAUGCUGCUCGAAUCAAUGCCUUGCUGGUGCUUGGGCGCUCGACUGUGACGCUGGGAGAGCUUCUGCCGGGGGCGCUGAUGAGCGAUGACACGCGUCACAUUUCCGUGAAACUUGCUCCGUCAAGAGUGUUUGAGUGUGCGGAAAAAUAUGGUUCUUCAACUCCCAAAGUCGUUUCACGAAAAGACCAUCUAGCGGAAAAAGCCGACUGGACGUCAAGUGGCAACAUCAUUGUGAAUGGGGUUGGUGGAGCUGGCGUCGAUAUUUUCUUUGCUCUGAAGGAUGCUCUUUCUGAGAAUUUGAUUGUCUUUGUGGACCAAAGAAAACGGCAUUUCGGUAAAUUUCAGCCAAAAUCAGCAAGGGAGUAUCUUCGCAAGCUGAGGAAAUCCCGCCCUGCAUUUCUCGAGAAAGGCACGCGUUUGGUGGGAGGGGUCAUGA